CGACAUCAAGACGGCGUCACUAGCGUCCAUUGAAACCCUACGCCACACCACCUCUCCUCACCAAAACAAGAAUGAACGGCGACGAUUUAGAUUACAUCAGCUCUCUACCAGACGCGAUUCUCCACCUCAUCCUCUCCUCUGUCCCGACAAAGUCAGCGAUCAGAACCUCCGCCUUGUCCAAACGAUGGAGACACGUCUGGUCCGAAACACCUUCUCUCUCCAUCGACAGCCACAGAGUGGUCACCAGAUCGAUAAACAAAACGUUAUCCAUCUUCUCAUCUCCCAAAGUCUCCUCCUUUCAUCUCCGAACCAGCUUAGCCAACAGGAUCCAACACGUCGACACCUGGAUCGAAUUCGCCAUUAACCGUCACGCGGAGAAGCUCUCUCUCGAGUUUCGUGACACACGUGUCAGGGACUACGAUUUUCCCGAUGGUUUCUACUCAAAUUCUACUGUGAAGCAGCUCUUGAUCGACUCUGGAUCUGUUGUGAUGAACCCUAAGUGUAACGUCUCUUGGACUUCGUUAAAGAGCUUGUCUUUGAGUUACUGUAAGCUUUCCGAUAAUGCCCUUGUUAAGAUUCUCUCUGGUUGUCCGGUUCUUGAGAGCUUGGAGUUGAUGUUUUGCGAUGAGUUUCGGUGUCUUGAUUUGAGUGGUUCACCGCGUUUGAUGAGGUUGGAGAUGGAUCGGAGUGAUUGGUUUCUUGGCCCUACGGAGAUUGUGGCGCCGCAUGUACGAUGUUUGAGAUUGAGACACUCGAGGUUACCGUGUAGAUUAGUUGAUGUGUCUUGUUUAAACGAAGCGAACUUGAAUAUCUACUUCUGUGAUCUUGGAACUCUUACGGGUGAUUUUCUUCAAGGGAACGUGGUGAAGAUGUUAGCGAAGUUGCAGAAUGUUGAGAAGCUUACUGUUGGUGCUACCUUUCUCCAGAUGUUGUCUCUUGCUGCGCUCUGUGAUGUACGUUUUCCAACGCUCAAGGUUGAGUAUUUGACUCUUGAAACGAUGAUUGUUCGGUCUGUUGUUCCUGGUAUAACAAAGCUUCUACAGAACUCACCUGGGUUAAGAAAGCUAACGAUACAUACCGUGAAAUGCAGCAUCAUAUCGGAAGCACAUCUCAACAGCUACUUGCGUUCACAUAGCUUGAAUCAGCAGCGUCAGUGCUGGAGAUCAAAAGACAUGGCCUUCCCGGGCUCUAUGGAGACCAUUUCAAUGUUGGUGGGGAAGUAUGCAGAGUCCAAUCUUGUGGCUUCGUUCGUGGAGCGUUUACUGAGAAACACAAGAAGUCUAGAGACAAUGGUUGUACUUUUGGUGGGUUACCUUGAUGCAUCAGGUUUUGAAGAGCUUGUUGGAAUGGCUACAAGACUUUCUCUCAAGCGCAAUGUCUUCAUUUCGAUCAAGCAAUGCCAUGUUAAAAGUGUAUCCAACGCUUUCUCAUAAUUGAACUUUGUAUCAUUAAUUUAGUCAAGCAAAAGCCAUUUGUUAGAUUUAUAUCAUAAGGCUUUAGAGUUGAAUUCCACACAAGAUUGUAUAUGUAAUCUCUGAUGUCAGAUUAAUUUAUUUCGACUUUUCAGUAGAAUUGUAUAUAUACCAG